CCCUAUUGUAUGAAAGGAGCUUUGUGCCGCUCGCUCAGCCUUGCGUCUCCUCCGCGUGUUUAGCUUGUUGUUCGCGUGCGUUUGGAUUCUUCGGAGCUGCAGAGGAUGUCGCGCGUGUACAUCGGAAGACUGAGCUACAGAGCCAGGGAAAAGGACGUGGAGAGGUUCUUCAAAGGUUACGGAAAGAUACUGGAGGUCGACCUUAAAAACGGGUAUGGCUUUGUAGAGUUCGAUGACCCGCGGGACGCAGAUGACGCCGUGUACGACCUGAACGGCAAAGAGCUGUGCGGGGAGAGGGUUAUCGUGGAGCACACCAAGGGCCCCCGCCGAGAUGGCGGCUAUGGUGGCGGCGGGAGGAGUGGAUACGGGCGCUGGGGAGGCAGAGACAGGUACGGCCCACCUGUGCGCACUGACUAUCGGCUUAUUGUGGAGAAUCUAUCCAGCCGCUGCAGCUGGCAGGACCUGAAGGACUACAUGAGGCAGGCGGGGGAGGUGACGUACGCCGACACCCACAAGGGCCGCCGCAACGAGGGCGUGAUCGAGUUCAGGCAGUACUCGGACAUGAAAAGAGCCCUGGAGAAGCUUGAUGGGACCGAGGUGAACGGCAGAAAGAUCCGGCUCAUUGAGGACCGCCCCGGCGCCAAGCGCCGCCGCUCUUACUCCCGCAGUCGCAGCCGAUCCAGGUCCCGCUCCAGAAGCCGCAGGUCCCACAAGAGCCGCAGCCGUAGUGAAAGCAGCAGCCGCAGCCGUUCCCGCUCCAGAGCGGCGUCCCGCUCCCGGAGCCGGUCCCAAAGCAAGAAGAGUAAGGGCAAGAAGGAGGAGGAGGAGCGCAGCAACGGCGCCCAGAAGGGCGAAGAGCGAAGCCGCAGCCCCAAAAGCAAGAAGGGAAAGAAAGAUGGCAAGAAGACCAAGAAGGGGUCCCGGUCCAGAUCCAGAUCUGGGUCUCGCUCUAGAUCUCGUUCCAGAUCUGAACCUAAGGAUCGGUCCAGGAAAUCCGUCUCAAAAGGCCCAGACCCACCCAAGAGCGACGACGAGGCCGGCGAAGGAGAGGCCGAACGGGGCUCCAGAUCCCGGUCCCGCUCCCCCGACGAACCCCGAGCCAGGUCCAAAUCCAAGUCUAAAUCCCAGUCCCCCGCCGGAGCCCGUUCCCGCUCCGCCUCCAGAUCAGAGUCCCGCUCCAAAUCCCGUUCCCAGUCCCGCUCUCGUUCCCGUUCCCGCUCCUAGGUCAUGUCCUGGACUGUGUGACCCCUGCCCCCCUGGUUCCCCCCGCCCUGUAUUUACAUUCCCCCAGCCCCCCGCCCCCGUUUUGAUAUGUAGAUCAGCCGCUCACGCUCCGUGUAUUUCACGCACUCACUUGCCCUUCUGUCGGCUAAUCGCGUUUUUUCAUUGGAGAACGUCGGAGCGGAACGAGCUGCAGUCCGCUUUUAUAAGUUGGAGCCAUUAUGUCUCAAUUUUUUAAUCAGAUGUAGGAACAUGUUUGUUUUUGGCUGUAACACGAAGCAGCUCACCUCUGUGAAUCCUUUUGUUUCAGAUUAAAAUGUGUUCUAGA